AUGAGUGAAGGCUACAGGAAUGCAAGUGCAAGCUCCAGCUCAAGUUUGAAUAGCAGUCUCCAAGAUACAGAGGAUGAUCAAACCGUAGCAAACAUCUUAGCAGAAGAGGAAAACUUGCACAACGAUGGCCGGCUUGCAAAAAGACUCUCUCAUUUGGAUUCCAUUCCGCUUACUCCUCGUGUCAAUGGGGAAAUACCUGAUGUGAAUGAUGCAACCUUAGACCAUGAACGGCUGUCUGAAAGGUUGGCCACCUAUGGUUUAACUGAAUUGCAAAUUGAGGGUGAUGGAAAUUGCCAGUUUCGAGCAUUAGCAGAUCAGCUGUUCCGCAAUCCAGGCUACCACAAACAUGUUAGGAGGCAGAUUGUCAAGCAGCUAAAACAUUCCAAAAAGUUGUAUGAAGGUUAUGUCCCAAUGAAGUACAAAGGCUACCUGAAAAAGAUGAAAAAAUCUGGGGAAUGGGGAGAUCAUGUCACUCUUCAAGCAGCUGCUGACCGAGUAAGUUGA